AUGGCAAAUGGCAAAUGGCAAAGGCACAAAAGGGACAAGGCGGAUGACAAGGGACGAGGACAGAAAGCGAGGGCUGAGGCCGAUAACAACGGGGAGCGGAAGUUGGACACCAAGUACGUUGUACCGUGCCAGUGCCAGUGCCAGUGCCAGUGCCAGUACCUAACCGGUGAGCCGUUGCCGGUAGAUGCACUGGGCACUGGGCACUGGACCAAGCGAUCAACGAUCAACGAUCAACGAUCGGCAGACCCAGACCCAGAUCCAGCCAGACCCAGCCAAGAUACGUUGAGCAAAGCGGAGACCACUAAAGUUCUCUGGACAGUUGCGUUCUCUGGGGGAUCGAGGUACCUCAGCCCAAAUAGACUCACGACCGUUGAGUCUUGGGCGAAAGCAUGUGGUGGUAUUUACCCGCUCCAAACGCUCUCUGUGGCUGCCCUUCCUGGGCAAACCAAGCCCAAGGUAGGCAAGCGUAUUGACUCCGAGCGGAGUCGUGUCACUUGUCCCGUCUUGUCUUGUCAGGAGCGAGAGCGACCUGCCGACUCGACUUCAACCGCCCUCGUGGCACCCUGUGUCAUUUUAAUUCCAUCUCCGAACGUGGCCGUCCUCGUCGACUCGCAAAGUGCCAACUGUCUUCUUGUUGAAGAACCGUCGUCGCAUCGGGAAAGGCGCCGCAUUUCGGGCCCUCGCGCUACCGGUCUCUAG